AUGGAACUAGACGGUUCGCACUCGACUGCUUUAGUCGAAACCCAUCCCCAUCCGAGUCAAGAAGAGAGAGAAUACCAUCCGUUAUUCUCGUCUCCUGACGCCGAGGUAGUAUUAGCCGCGAAGAACGACUCUGUCACGAAGGCAUCAGUGUUCUUCAGGCUACAUUCUCAUAACCUGAAGACCGCAUCGGGCUUUUUCCGUGAAAUGUUCAUGCUCCCGCAGAAUUCCCAACUCGAAAACGGUGGUGUUUUCUACUUGGAAGAAGAUGCGUCUACGUUAGAACUCCUCUUCCGGAUGAUUUCGGGGUUGCCUAUCCCACAGAUCGACUCUUAUGACCAGAUUGAUCCUUUGCUGGAUAGUAUUGAGAAAUAUGAUACGCCGGGCCCGCUGUCUAUCGUUCGGCUGCUCGUGAUGACUCCGUUGCUUUUGGGGCAGCCGUUUCGCCUGUAUGCGAUCGCGUGUAGGUUUGGUUGGGACACGGAAGCAAGGCAUGCUUCUACUCAGACUCUGACAUUCGAUCUGUAUAAUAAGGACGUGCGCCCGUAUUUGAGCAGACUCUCGUCGAAUGCUUUACUCCGUCUGUUCGACCUGCACCGCACCCGCAGGGAAGGGUUGCGGCAGCGUUUGAACGACCCGCCAUUCGUCAGCGGGGGUCUCGCGACAUGCAAUAACUGCAAUGCGGUGAUUGACUAUCAUACGUGGCGCGAACUCAAGUACAAGAUUAUAUUGGAGAUGGACGUGCGGCCGGCGGGCGACACUAUUUUAGAACACGGUUUAUCUGAGUGGCCUGAAGCUUUGGCGUGUUGGCAGGCGAAGUGCGCGCAAGCGGGGUGUUCAAGAGCUUUGUACGACAAGGGCGAGACGCUACGGGUUAUCCGGGAGUGCAUCGAAACACUUCCGAAGACCAUAUGA